UCAUUCAAUGUGAACAUCUUCGGGCAUUUAAACAUGUGAAUUAAAAAAUUUUAAAGCUCGAUUUAAUAUUAUUCAUUGAAGAGAAUGAAAUUUUCAAUGGCAAUGUGGAAAAUAAAAAUUUUGCAAUACGAAACUUUGUUGCAAACUGUAAAGAUCAAUUCGAACACCCGGUAUGUAUGUUUGCGCGUGUAAGUGUAUCUAUUUUAAAGUUGGUAAUGCAGUUUGCAUACGUUUUUAUUCGCAUGAAUAACAUUUCGCACUGUAAUGAAUGAUUCGCGGUGAAAUCUAAAUAAUUGGAGCAACAAUUUGAUGUGAAGACAUUUCAUAGUAAUUAAAAAAAGAUGGUAGGGAUUUUAAACGAAUCUGACAGUGAAGACGAGCUGCCUCCUGGUUGGGAGGAAAUGACAACUAAUGAUGGAAACGUCUACUAUGUAAAUCAUUACACAAAAGGCACACAGUGGACACAUCCCAGAACUGGCCGCCAAAAAAUCAUAGAAGGAGAAUUACCAACUGGCUGGGAGAGGCAUGUAACAGAAGAUGGCAAUGUCUUAUUUGUUGACCAAACAAACCAAAUAACAACAUACACUGAUCCACGCCUGGCAUUUGCUACUGAAUAUGGAGCCUCAUCACAACCCGUACGACAGCGCUUUGAUGGGAGAAGCACAGCAUUGGCUGUGUUAUAUGGCAGAGAUUUACGAGACAAAGUUGCCAUUGUUACAGGAGCCAACACUGGCAUAGGAUUCGAAACAGCUAGAUCAUUAGCAUUACAUGGUUGCAAAGUGAUUCUAGCUUGCAGAGAUGUGAAAAAGGGUGAGGAGGCAAUACAAAAGAUCCACAAGGAAAUGGACAAUAGUUGUGAAAUAUUGGAACUGGAUUUAUCUUCCCUGCACAGUGUUAAGGAAGCUGCUGAGAAGUUUAAGCAAAAAUACAAGACUCUUCACAUACUGAUAUUGAAUGCUGGAGUCUUCGCAAAGAACUAUGAACUCACCAAAGAUGGCUACGAAUCAACGUUCCAAGUGAAUCAUCUGUCCCAUUUUUAUUUCACUCUGUUGCUGGAGCAACCAAUUCGAAAUUGCCAUAAUUCUAGAGUAGUAGUAGUAUCCAGUGAAUCUCACAGGUACUCAUCGCUUCAGAUAGUUGAAGACUUUCAUCAACUGACACUGUCUCCCCCUGCUUAUAAAUACUGGUUCAUGGCAGCGUACAAUGACUCCAAAUUGUGUAAUAUUUUGUUUGCACAAGAAUUAGCAAAACGUUGGCCAACUGUCAGUGUAUUUAGCUGCCAUCCUGGUAAUUUAGUUUCAUCUUCCUUGACACGUUACUCUUGGAUGAUGCGACUUCUGUUCAUGCUAGUGAGACCAUUCACAAAAUCAUUGCAACAAGCAGCAAGCACACAAGUUUUCUGUGCAACUGCACCAGAAUUGGAAGGGCUAACAAGCGUUUACUUUAACAAUUGCUAUCGGUGCGAACCAUCAAAUGCGGCACAGGACUCGGCACUAGCAACAAGAUUAUGGUCUGUUAGCCAAGAGAUGAUUGUAAAUAUUAUGAAAAAGGAUAAGCUUUGGGAAACUGUAGCAUUAAAAUGAGACGUGUUGUAAAAUAUAAACCUGUACUAAAAAAUACUUUAAUAAUAAAGAAUUGAUUUAUAAUUUUUUA